AUGGUUCAAAAUGGAAUACUGGAAAAUGAGUUUCAGAAGGUGACAGAUGGUAUUCAUCAUCCAAGUAGGGAUCUGAUGGCAUGGGUCAACAAUCUGCAAUUUGAGGUGGAGUCUUUUCGCAGUCAGAAAGGUGAACUGGAAGAACAAGUAAUACAUACAAAUAAUAGGCAACAGGAACUGGAGAUUCUACUCAAGCAGAAAACUGAUUCAGAAGCAUGUCUGGAGAAAAAAGUUCAUGAAAAUCCACAAUGUUUGAUUUCAAUAGAGGAGGGUUUUACGGUAGGUGAAGGAUUGGCAAGUGGAGUUGAAGACUCUAUUCAACCUGAAAUGUGA